GCCUCUUUGCAAUGUACUCUUUCCAAAUAGGAAUUGGUCUUGCUGAGUUAUCAUCCAUUGUCAGCCCCACCCUUUUUCCUUCUAGACUUUUCAAGCAAUCUCUAUCUGAAUUUUAAGAUUCUCAACUGCAAUUUGGUCAAUCUUUCUACAGCUUUGACAAUCCACUAUUUAAGUAGGGGGCUUUACUCUCCUUUGAGAGAGAGGGAGAGAGAGAGAGAAAGAGAAAGAGAGAUAGAAGGAAUGGCUAGGUACUCCAUGAGAUGGAUGCUCGGCUUUUGUGUUUUUCAUUGUCUUCUCUCACUUUCUGGUGCGAGGGAAACACCUAGUUUUAAAUAUAAAGCAGUAAAUCUUGGAGGCUGGCUUGUUACAGAAGGGUGGAUAAAACCAUCACUCUUUGAUGGCAUCCCCAACAAAGAUCUUUUGGAUGGUACCCAAAUUCAACUAAUGUCAGUCACACAAAGUAAGUACCUUUCUGCUGAGAAUGGUGGUGGAACAAUCAUUGUCGCAAACAGAACGAGUCCUUCGGGGUGGGAAAGUUUUAGUUUGUGGAGGAUCACUGAAUCAAGUUUUAGAAUGAGGGUAUUCAAUAGACAGUUCAUAGGACUAAAUAAACAAGGAGAAGGUACUAACCUAGUGGCGGCUACGAACACAUCUGGUCCAUCUGAAACAUUUGAGAUUGUGAGGAAUGACGAUGAUAAAAACCGAGUUAGAAUCAAAGCCCCAAAUGGCCAAUUCAUACAGGUGAGGACGGAGCACUUGGUCACCGCUGAUUUCUCAGGCAAUUCAAGCUGGGGAGAUGAUGAUCCAUCAGUUUUCGUGAUGAGGAUUGCCAGGACGCUGCAAGGAGAAUUCCAAAUAACCAACGGUUACGGACGUGAAAAAGCCACACAAAUUCUCCAAGAACAUUGGAAAACUUUCAUCGUUGAAGAAGAUAUCAAGUUCGUAUCUGAGAACGGUUUAACUGCAGUUAGAAUUCCAGUUGGAUGGUGGAUAGCCAGUGAUCCAACGCCACCAUGGCCAUUCGUUGGUGGGUCUUUGCAAGCUCUGGACAACGCUUUUUCAUGGGCACAAAAAUACAAUGUGAAGGUUAUAAUCGAUCUCCAUGCAGCACCGGGUUCACAAAACGGAUGGGAACACAGCGCAUCAAGAGAUGGAUUUCAGGAUUGGGGGCGGACCGAAGAAAACAUACAACAAACUGUGGAUGUUAUUGAAUUCCUUACAGCCAGGUAUGCCAAGAAUCCGAGUCUUGUUGGCGUCCAGCUGAUCAAUGAGCCGCUGUCACCUGGAGUUUCCCUUGAGGCCCUUAACAAGUACUACAAAGCCGGCUAUGACGCUGUUAGGAAACAUUCGUCGACGGCUUACGUGAUCAUGGCUAGCCGGCUGGGACCAGCUGACUCGAAGGAGUUCUUGCCUCUUGCCAGCGGCCGCACCAACACGGUCAUCGACGUGCAUUUCUACAACCUAUUUUCAGAUGUCUACGACAACAUGACAGUGCAAGAAAACAUUGAUUUCGUCCAAACAAACAGGUCUAGGCAGCUGAAUGCCGUGACCACAUCCAACGGCCCUCUCACUUUUGUUGGGGAAUGGGUUGCUGAAUGGCAAGUUCGGGGAGCAACAAGGGAGGAUUAUCAGAGAUUUGCAAAGGCCCAAUUAGAGGUGUACGGGCGGGCCACGUUCGGUUGGGCCUAUUGGACACUAAAGAAUGUGAAUAACCACUGGAGUUUGGAGUGGAUGAUUAAAAAUAACUACAUAACGCUCUAGAUUUAUGCAACUAUAAAUACAUUUUGUCCAAUGUCUGUGUGAAAGAGAUGUUCACGUGUUAACGUUUUCUGCAACGCGGUUUACAUCAGAAUCUGUUGGAAGGUGUGUAUUUUGUCAAUGUUCAUCAGGCACUCAAUGUUUCAAAAACCAGGCCCACAUGAUCACAUGAUCACCUGG